AUAUAUAUAAAUAGCCUCUCUACCAAACUUAGGUAGCUGCCAGCCCUGUCCUGCUAAACUCAAUCCACAAUGGGGAAGAUAAUCUUCUAUGAAGACAAGGGUUUCCAGGGUCGUUCCUAUGAGUGCAGUAAUGACUGUACUGACCUGUCUUCAUAUUUCAACCGUUGCAACUCCAUCCGUGUAGAAAAUGGAAACUGGGUACUCUAUGAAUUUCCUAACUAUAAAGGCCACCAGUAUUAUCUCAGGAGGGGAGAAUAUCCUGACUUUCAGCAAUGGAUGGGAUUUAAUGACUCUGUCAGAUCCUGUCAUCUGACCCCUCAGCACCGUGGUCCAUUCAUAAUAAAAGUUUAUGAGAAAGAAGACUUCAAAGGACAAAUGAUGGAGUUUACAGAAGAUUGCCCCCAUGUUUUUGAGCAAUUCCACUACAAUGACAUCCAUUCCUGCAAUGUUCUUGAUGGACAGUGGGUAUUUUAUGAGGAGCCUAAUUUCAGAGGACGUCAGUAUUACCUGAGACCUGGAGAAUACAGAAGAUACAAUGACUGGGGUGCCAUGAACUCCAGAGUUGGCUCAUUCAGACGAGCUCAACAUGUGUAUUAAGUAAUCUGACAGUGUGGCAUCUAUAUUUCCAUCAGCUAAAUUAAAAAAAAAGAUGAUUACUCAAU